CAGAAAAAAUAGCUCAGAAAAUACCCCCAAAAACCAAUAAUUACACAAACACCUCUCGGUCACCUCCCCGACCCCGGCGACCCCCAGAUGCCGGCCACGGCGAGCGGCGGCGCGCGGCCGGAGGAGGCGACCGCUCCACCGGCGUCGGCGUCCUGCACGGGGACGAGGCCGGAGGAGCUGACGGCGAGGCUGGCGGCCGCGGGACCCGCCUCGGGCGGCAGCGGCGGAGAGGAGGUGGAGCGCGAGCGGGUGCGCGCGCUGCGCGAGAUCAAGAACCAGAUCAUUGGGAACCGGACCAAGAAGCUGCUCUACCUCCGCCUGGGCGCCGUGCCGGCGGUCGUGGCGGCGCUGGCUGAGCCGGGGGCAUCGCCGGCGGCGCUCGUGCAGGCGGCGGCCGCGGCGGGAAGCUUCGCGUGCGGCGUGGACGACGGCGCGCGCGCCGUGCUGGACGCUGGCGCCGCGGGGCACCUGACGCGGCUCCUCGCGCACCCCGACGAGAAGGUUGUGGAUGCAAGUGCACGUGCUCUCAGAAUGAUAUAUCAAUCAAAACUAGCUCCGAAGUUUGAUUUCAAUGAUGAGAAAAAUAUGGAUUUUCUUCUUUCCCUUUUGAACAGCAAGAACGAGAAUAUCACAGAGCUAGCUGCUACUGCUAUAUCUCACUCUUGUGAAAGCAAUGCAGAACAAUUGGCACUAUGCACUGCUGGAGUUCCACAGAGACUUGUUAGCCUUUUUGGAGGUUCUAUGAAUCUGCGGGAUGCUUGUUUAGAUUCUGUGACUACAAUAAUUAGAAAUAACAGGGAAGUUGCUUCAAGAUUUGCAUCAAUGGACCAUGGAAAAGCUUUUUGUUCGAUAGUUGGGUUAAUACAUGAUCGGAGUCCACACACUAGACUACUUGCUUGUCUAUGCUUGAUUGCACUUGGGCAUGCUUCUCCCUGUCAUUUCCAUGACAGACAAAUUAAGACCAAGUUGAUUCUGGUCUUACUUGAGCUCAUGGAAGAACCUGGUCAUGUAGGAGAUGAGGCUCCCUUGGCAUUAAUGACCCUGAUAAAAGACAGCUUGGAACUGCAGAAACAAGCCCUUACAACAAAUGCAGUUGAGAAGCUCAGCAAUCAUCUGCUAGCAAAUUCAUUGGAGACAAGGCGAGCAGUAACCAUAUUGCUUGCGUUAUCUGAACUUUGCUCAAAACUGGAAGAGUCAAGAUCUCGGCUUAUGUCGGUUCAGGUAUCAACCUUAAUUCUUGAUGCAUUGAAGCAUGAUUGUACCGAUAUCCGAGUUGCAGCAUGUUCAUGUCUGAAGAAUCUCACCAGGUCACCAAAGGUACUUAGUGGAGGCGAACUAUCUUGUGAUACAGUUAUUGCCCCCUUGGUCCAGCUUUUAUAUGACUCAUCUACUUCAGUCCAGGUUGCUGCUCUUGGUGCCAUUUGCAAUAUUGCUGUCAAUUUAACACCCAGAAAAUCGGUUCUUCUUCAUUCUGGGGUUGUCUCACAACUUGUUCAUUUAUCGAAGUCUAUGGAUCCAACAUUGAGGCUAAAAUCUGUAUGGGCUCUCAGGAAUAUUAUGUUCCUUCUGAGUCCAAAAGAUAAAGACGUCAUUAUGAAGGAGUUAACCGUAUCUACUCUUUCAAGCCUCAUAUGUGAUUCUGAGCGUUUUGUUCAGGAGCAGACCUUGGCACUUAUUCACAAUCUUGUCGAUGGAUAUGUGGACUCUACCAAUUAUGUCAUUGGUGAAGAUGGAUUGGUUAUAAAUGCUAUUUCAAGACAACUGCAUAGUGUAUCUGCCCCGGGAGUGUGUAUUCAGGGUAUGUUUGUGCUUGCAAAUAUUGCGGCUGGAAAUGAAUUGAACAAGGAAGCAGUGAUGAAUGUUCUUGUUCCUCACCGAGCAGAUCGCAUCAAGCCAUCUUUUGUGGUGAACUAUCUGCAGAGCAAGGAUAAACAGUUGCGAGUUGCUACCUUGUGGUGUAUUCUGAACUUGAUUUACCCAAAAUGCGAGGCCGCAUCUAGUCGAGUUGUCAGACUCCAAAGUGCUGGGGUAAUCCUACAAGUAAAGAGCAUGAUAAAUGACCCCUGCUUGGAUUGCAAGCUCAGAGUACGUAUGGUGCUUGAACACUGCUUGGACAAUGCCGAUGACUGUUUCAUGUGAGCAGCCGGCAUUGCAUCUUGGCCAUCGAAGUUUACCAAACCGCAUAUACAGAUCAGGCAUGAAGAAACCAGCGGAUCCCAACAUAUGCCCUGAACUGUGAAACAUGAGCACCAGCUGAAAGCUCUUGCUGAUCUCUGGAUCGGCUCGAGCUAACUGCUGUCUUUUUGCACCGUGAGAACCUGAAACUGGCAUCUGUUGUGCAUAUUGUCGAUUACCUUGUUGUAAACAUGCCAUCUCGAGAACCUGAACUGCCUGAUCCCAGACUGAAGGCUUCAGGCACUAGUUCCGGGGAAUCCCGUUUUUCCAGUGCCUUCUGAAGUCCGAACCCCGUGCUUGCGUUGCGAUGAUGAGCGUAUAAUCGAGGACAGCUAUUUCUGUCGUUGUACAAAAACUGUACUGUAUUUCUGGUCCAAUAAGGCUGUUUUACAUUCAUAUCUGUGGGAUGUUGUCCAUGGAUUCCCAUGUUCUGAAACAAAUAAAAAAUAUGUUUGGAUUACAGAUCAAA